AUGACUCGUUGCACGGGCGAGAUCCCUUCACCUCCCUCGUCAUCGAAUGAUGGCAAGAUGGGUUAUGCACAGCUCCUUGAGGAUGUACUUGACGGCGGCGAUGCCGCCGCUGGAGCGAUGCAGGCGCGUUUUAUCAACUGCUAUGACCCACUGUAUGACAGGCCGUACACCCACCGCGAACUCAAUACAGAUCGCUACUUGGACAGCGAGCUGUGCCGCAUUCUCGAGGACGAUCGUCGGGCCCAAACAGAGCAUCACCUGCAGACUGACAAGGUUCAAAAGGCGUACAUGCUUGCACUCAUUGCACACAACACGAUCAUGCGGAGUUGCUGA